UGCCAACCGCCGAGAGACGAGCACCAUCAUUAGUAAACCAAUUAACGGACACAUAAUGCUCACUCUGAUAUCAGUAACGUUGAUGGUUGUGGCGAUCGGAUCUUGCGGGCGUUUGGAGCCGCAAUAUCUGCCGCCUAGACCAGGUGGCGGCGGCGGCGGCGGUUUUGGCGGCGGAGCGGGAGGUGGCAGCGGCGGCGGAUUCGGUGGCGGAGCGGGAAGCGGAGGAAGCGGUGGUGGCUUUGGAGCGGGUAGCGGAGCUGGAUUCGGCGCGGGCGGCGGAUCAGGUGGCUCCUUCGGGGGGUCCGGAGGCGGCAGCGGCUCACAAAUCCCAAUCACGAAGUUCGAAAACGUGAACAAUGGCGACGGCACAUACAGCUUCAAUUACGAAACAGGCAACGGUAUCUCCGCUCACGAGAGCGGGGCGCCGCGUGCGCAGGGUCCCGAGGGUCCCGCCGUGACUGCCGAGGGCGGGUUCUCCUACAAGUCCCCCGACGGCCAGUCCAUCUCCCUGACCUAUACUGCUGACGAGAACGGUUUUCACCCAGUGGGACCCCACCUGCCCACCCCACCACCAAUCCCAGAAGAAAUCCUCCGCUCCAUUGAGUUCAACAAGCAGAAUCCGUCUUCUGAAGGAGCUUACAACCCAGGCGCUAACGGAGGUUCUGGAGGAUCAGGAGGCUCCGGCUCCGGCGGUGGUGGCGCCAACGGCUACCACUACUGAUCUCAUCGAUCUUAAUAAGAAAUCGCAACUAAAACAAAACUUUAUGAUCACUGGAGGACAGUUGCUAUUGGUGUAGCAAGAGACGCCGAUGUUGUGAAGACUAAACGUCAGACUUAUCGGCAGAUUUGGUGGUGUAUUUUAGAGCUAAAAUCUAAUCCAAAGCGUCAAAAUGAUGAAGAGCUUUUCUUUUCUCUUAAUUACUGUAAAGCUAUUACUAUAAACGUUUUGUAGAUGAAGGAUUUAGUGACUGUCCUCUAUUUUUUACCCGACUGCGCAAGAAGGAGGGUUAUGUUUUUUUAGGGAUUUGUUUUUGUAAAAGACAAAGUUAACAGCAGGUCUGGACUUUGAAUGGAUUGUAGAUUUAAGGUAUUCUAUGUUUUGUAAGAUGUGUGUUAGAAAUAAUAAGUAUAGUUUAAUUUUAUGCAAGUGACUGUGCUACUUUAUAUGUUACGUUUUCAUUAGCGCCUUGUAAAGGUGAAGUAGGUACCUUUGUCUGUUCUAUACAUUUCAUGUAUUUAUUAAAUUUUAAUACACUACAUUAAUUACGAUUAGUAUAAUUGUGGAUCUUCAAAUUUUACCAUUUCUAAUUGUGAGGCUAUAUCAUCUAUCACUUAACUUAGUACAAAACCAUUAUUUACUUACUACGUGUCUAGAUUGUAUGCUUAUUAAGGUACACAAAGUUUAUUUCGUUAGUUAAGUUUCACUUCUAAAUGUAUUUUUUCAGUUUUAUUUUAGUUGCGAUUUUUAUAACUUUAUGAAACUAUGGCAUACCCAUGACGGCGACGGACAUACCCAUGGAAUUUUGGACUGUGAUAUCACGAAGUACGGAGCACUGUUAAUGUAUAACUUAUUCAUAAUUAUAUUCUUAACUAUGUACAUAAGCAUAGUAUGUGAAUAAAUGAGACUAUUAUCUUAAA